GAUCGAAGGGAAAGAAAAUGUACUCAGACAAUAAUCGAGGAAAUUGCAAAACAAAAGCGAGCUCCCUUACAAUGCGUGUUUCUUUGAACCUGUGCUCACCAAUACGUGAACUUUGGUCCAAUUGGCGAGGGUUCGCGCAUGCCCAUUGAAAGUUCUAGAUGUUUAAUCAAAAAUAAUAAUUUCUCUGCAAAUUGUCAGUGAUGUAAAGGACGGUGGACGCUGCCGGUAUGCCGGCUGGCGAGGCAAUGUUAUUUAACUUUAUCUCAGUAAUCUCACUCAAAGACUAAAUGCAUACGAUUAGUUAAGCUCGAUGUUUUAAUGUCAAUUGUUCUAGUGUGUAUCGAUUGUAAGAUUGUAGAAUAAUUCGUUGUCUAAAGAUUUAAAAAUGCCAGACUGGACGUGGUUGCUCUUCGCCGCUCUUUUCGGAGCAAUAUCUGCUCUAGCUAUACCAUUAGUCAUACUUUUAUAUUUCAUACGGCCGUUCGAGAAGAAGCCACCGAUCCAAGAUGAUCUUUACUAUCCAGUUACGUUACCACCAGAAAUCCUUACGGAACUAACACGCGGGGCCGGCAGUACUCCGGAAGGCGCAUUGAACGCAAUGUUGCAGUUCAUAUUCCAGCAAAGCACGGCAGACACGCGCUGGCUGCGUCGUCGCAUGGCCAAUGAACUGGCCGAGCUGCUCACCAAGACAUCCUCGGGGAAGAUAUUUGAAUCUCUUACACUCCGUUCCUUAGAAGUGGGUACUGAGUUCCCGAGUAUCACGAACCUUCGACUUUUAUGUGGUGAAUUGGAAGAUGGCGGGGCUAGACUCCGGUCUCUCGACUUGAAAUUCGACUUGGCGUACGAUGGCAACUUCAGAAUCGACGUUGAUGCCGUGAUGCUUCUCGGCAAGAUUGCUAAUAUUUCCAUUACAGUGGAAAGUAUAAGCGGAAUCGUUCGACUCAUGUUUCGACGGACCCCAUACACUCAUUGGGCGUUGGCUUUUGAAUCACCACCGAAGUUGGAGCUCCGCGUCCGCGGUCGAUUCCAAGGAAGGCAACUGAAACCAAGACUAGCCUCCUUGGUGGCUGCUCAUAUUAGGAGAGCUGUUGCACAAAGGCAUACUUUGCCAAAUUAUAAAAUACGUUACAAGCCAUUCUUCCCGAAGUCAGAGCCAGGAAGCGGGGAAGGUGAAGACGGGCCUACACCACACGGUCGACUCACCGUGCGACUCGUAGAAGUAACGCGGUUGCAGUGGUUGGGUGGAUCGGGUACAGUAAGAGCAGCCUUAGCCGUUGAUUCACACGCCUGGGUUUCGCUCCGUCGAGGUGUGCUGGUGCUUGACGUAGUGUUACCAGCUGUCUCAGGCCCCCUCGGUCUCGUGUGCUGUCAGGGCGUAGGUGCGGUGCUGGUGGACACCGUAGUGCCGAUGUCGCCAGCCUACCGAGCUGAUUUGAGGAGGGAUGACGUUGUAUUGGCUAUAGACAACAAACCUAUCAACAAUGUUGCUCAGGUAGGGAAACUUCUGCGAUCAGUGGAACGUCGCGCAGUAACGGUGCGCGUGCGACGCGGUGGUGGAUACGGCACUGUCAGGAGAGAUGACGCCUCAGGCGAGCCUAAGAGGAUGAAGCCUAACUUCUCCUUCAGAAGAGUAUCUGAGGUAAUGGAGGGAGUGCGACUACAGAGUAUGAGAGGUGUCGCAACCAAAAGCAAUGUACAGGAAUCAGAAUCUCCAACAAAGACGUCAGAAUCACAAAAUGAAACAGAAGCACAAACUAAACCUAAAAGUGAACCAGUUCGUCAACUAUCAAAGACCAGUCUGACUGAACCUGCGUGUCCUGGCACUAACUUUGGUCUACGCAAGAGACGUUGCUCUGUCGAAAACAAGUCUUCCGACAGCUCGGCCGGCAGCACACCCCCCGCCUCCGGCGCGAGCACUCCCCUUCGACAGUCCACGGCCGUCAAUAAAAUCGUUAAACACCCAGAAAUACCAAUCAUCAAAAUGGACUCCUCUGAAUGCAAGGUCUCUGAGAAAGUCGACAACAUUUUAGACGAAGAAGAACAAUUAUUUGAAACAGGAGGUCCACGACAAACCGAGCAUGUGGAAAUAUGCCAGAUGUUCUGGACUAAAAGUAUUCAACUGAAGCCAAUAAUACCUUUCGAUGAAGAAACUGAGUUCAAAUUGAAUGAAAAUCAUAAAUAUCUGAAUAUUAAUGUGUGGGCGACUGUGCCUGGCGAGAAAGAUGAAGUGUUGCUCGGUUACUUGAACAUUCCGUUAGCGGCACUACUUAGCGAAUGUCAGGACUCGACGGUGCCGCAUCAUAUGAAAAGAUACCAGUUCUUGCCGCCCGAUGUCGAUAUUAAGUUCAGUAAAAGCCACAAGCUAUCGUCGCACGCCGGUUUCGAGCCGUGUCUCUGUUUCGGCGAUGCGUUAGUGUGGUGGGAGUGGGAGGGUGCUGGUACAGCCCGGUCUGUCCCGCGCCCAAAUAGGGACUCGGUGCCACCUCGACUGCCUAAACCCACCAGAGCGACUCAUGAUUUCGUGCGGACACACUUCCAUAGGUCAACUCAAUGCGACUUCUGUAAUAAAAAGAUAUGGUUGAAAGACGCCAUGCAGUGCCGCAAUUGUGGCCUGUGCUGUCACAAGAAGUGCGUUACAAAGUGCCAAGAGACGUCACCAUGUAUACCUAAACAGGACCGAGACACAUCAACUGGUUUGACUUGUCCACCACCGGAGCUAAUCAUGACCGAGGCUGACGCCAUCGCGGACCCGGAUUCGGACGAAGAGACAGAAAGGAAAGAUUCCCUUGAUGUCCACGAAGAGGGCGGAGGUGCAAUGAGCGCUCUGGUGGCAGGGUUGCGGCGAGCGGGCUCCGCGCACUCGUUGGCGGCGCCACGGACCUGUGCCUCCUCGAGGUCCCUGCCGCCUUCCCCGAGCCACACGCCCAGGAAACAGUCUUUGGAGGCGGCGGGCAACCCGUUCGGCGGGUGCGGCGCGACGUGGCUGCAGAAGGGCGGCGUGAGCGCCAUGCUGGCGCCGGCGCUACGCAGCGCGCUGCCGCCGGACGCGCUGCUCGCGGCCGCCAGGGACUCCGCGCCUGAACUCGCCGCUAAGCUCUCCGCGCAGCAGAUACACGAAAUGUUACUGGCAGUGCGCGAGGAGUUAUCAGCGGAGGACGCGAGCGCGGCGGGCGACGCGGGAGGCGAGGGCCGCGCGUACGCCCUCACGGCGCUCAUGCUGCACUGCUGCGCCGCCGCACAACUAGCCCAGCAGCGGACCGAACCCACGCCCACUUGAUAUUAUAACAAUCAUUGUUCAUUGUAA